CGUGUUUUUUGACGUCUGUCAAUCGGAAAUUUAUUACAGCGCCUCAAAAAACUCAGACGCAGAAAAAAUAUCAUAAAAUGGUUUUAAAAAUAUCAGUUUUUCGAAUUUCGUUUAAAAUUCGGCCAGAGUUUCCACCGUAAAGUAGAUAUUAAAUAUUUCAAAAGUCAUAAUGCCGAAUGAUUAAAGUUUUUUUUUAAAAACCACACGGGAUUUUCAUGAAUUGUACCUAUUGAGUGUGUGCGCGCAAUGAUGUCUAUUAAAGGAAGGUAUAGUUCUUUUUAAUGUGCUGUAUAUCUAAUUAAGGGCCAAUGUAACAGCAACUGUUAGGCCGAUUAAACAGCUCGUGUUCAAUGUAGCAAAAAAAUUGUAAGAAAAUGAGUUCUGAAGACUGUAGAAUUUGCUCAAAUGAAGUAAAAGCCGGUGGUGUAAUGUUAUUUAGUGACAAAGCAAAUAAGGCACUAUUGCAUAUAAAAAUUAGGAAAUAUCUCCCGAUUUCGGUUAGUUUAGAUGACAAGUUGCCAAAAAUGAUCUGUAAAGACUGCAUUUGUAAGAUUAAUGAAUUUGACACAUUUGCCGUUAUGGCUUUAAGAAACCAAGAAAAACUCACGGCAGCAUUAUUAGCUACCGCUCCACCAUUAGACCCUACUAAAAACGAAAAAGAAUCAGUACUGAAAACUUAUUUAGCCAAUAAGGAGAGUGACAAAAAACAAGAUUCAGAAAACGAAGAGACUGAAGAUACCACUGAAGAAAUGGAGGUGCGCGUAGACCCAAUGUCAAUACUUCAAUGUUAUAUGGAUGAAAGUAAUUCUGAAACUGCUUCAGAUUCGGAUGAGGUGUCCCUAGAAUCUCCCAAGUUUGCAGACGAGUCUCGUAAUGAUGAACAAUAUUUUGAUGAUGAUGCGGAGGAAUAUCAAUCUGCCACGACACAAGAAAGUGGAUCAUCUGAGAGCGAAACUUCCGAGAAUACUCAUAUAAUAUAUCUUUGCUCUAUUUGCAAUAGAAACUUUUCCACUAAUUCAGCUCUCCAGGAUCAUAUGUUUGUUCAUUCAACGGUUUACGCUAAAAGAGUUCUUACGCUUAGCUUUAAUAAAUUUCAGCAGAGCUUAGCAACUGUAUUUAUAAACAGUCAACCAACAACUAAUUUAACUGCGGUGCCAAUAAACAAUUCAAGUUAUCCUAUAUCAAUGCACAAUACAAAUGAACUUAAAAGUACUGAAACAUCAGGUGAUAUAGACCUCUCUGAAGAUUCAGAUGGAAGAAUUGAUGGAAUGAAGUGUCCUAUAUGUGCCAAGCAUAUAUUUUCAGAUGAGGCUUUAAAAGUCCAUCUUGAAACUCACAGGCCUAAGGGACAAUAUGGGUGUGAUAUUUGUGGUAGAGUGUUUAAAACUCAAUGUAACCUUUAUCGCCAUAAAGAGUAUCAUCAAGGAGUUCAGUUCCGUUGUGAGGUGUGUGGUAGAGUUUACCCGACAAACAGUACUUUAAGGGCGCAUUCAAUUACUCAUAGCGAUUUAAGGCCACAUCAAUGUCCUUUGUGCGAAAAAACAUUUAAAAGGAAUCAAGAUCUUAAGUUUCAUAUAAACCAGCAUACAGGCGCUAGGCCCUAUCAAUGUCCGUACUGUCCAAAAGCAUUUGCCAGUUCGGGAAAUUGUUUUUCACACAGGAAACGAAUGCAUCCUUUUGAAGUUGAACGUGACAAAGAACGAGCUGCCAAGAUAAUGAGAUAAGAGGAAAAAUAAAAAUGAUUCCUCUAAGUAUUUUUCUUGGGUAGAUAGUUAAUUUAUUUACAUGUACAUAUUUUGCAAUUAAUCUUUUUAAGUAGUAGACGGAUAAAUGAAUUAAAAAAAGUUCUGGGAGUAGAUUAUAUAUUUACAUUUUAGUUAAAUAAGAUAAAUUUAUAAUUUUAAAAUUGGUUUCAAUACAAAACCUUAAAACUGUAUAUCUGAAAUGUUAGGUAAUAUACAGGGUGCCUCCAAUUAAGUCAAAAAGCCAAAUUGCCUAAAUUUGGUAAAAUUAUUAAUGUUGCUAUAACUUUCUUAUUCUAAGGUUUAUGCUAUUAGUGUAAAUAAAUAUUUUAUUAAGAAAAUUAUUAUAUUUAAUUUAUGUAAAAAUAUACAUAGAAUUCCAUUCCAAAAUAACAUUUUUCUCGAAAAGGCGAUGUUCCAUUCUUUUUCUGUAUUCACCAUUUUAAUCAGCAGAAAAAGUUCUAAUCAUUUGCUGUAUCUUUACAGAGUCGAAUAUCGAAUUUGUAUCAAUUGGUAUCUUUGUUAAUAUUUAAGAAAAUAUUAACAAAAAUACCAAUAGUGCCGACUUAAUCGGAGGCAACCUCCUAAAUAUAUUAAGCCACUUGUCAUUUUUUGUACAUUUUUAAAUGCGACAGGGUUAUUAAUUUGUCAGGAAUUUCAAUCAUCAUUCAUGUUUUUGCAAUAUAUAUUUAUUCUUGAGUUUUACUAAUCAACAAUUAACCAACUUAUAGGCCAGAAUUAUUUGAUAAAAGUGCUUAAACGUGCAAUCUACUUUUAAUAAUGUAUAUUUUCUCUCGUGGUAAAAGGCUGGAAAGUGCAAUAUAUAAUUACGAAAUGACUAUUUAUAUAUUGAAUAUAGGUUAAAUAUAUACACUAUUUUUAUUUACAGCUAAAAAAACUCAAAAGAAAAUAAUCCCAAAUAUAGAUAUUAUACCCGCCUCACAUUUUUAAAACAAAAUAAAAAUAUAUUAGUACUCAUUUCUUUAAACCAAGUAAUUAGAAUUCUGUUAAAAAGUGCAACAGAAAUGAAAUGGCUUAACAACAAACACAAAAACGUUUAUCUAAGAGUAUAGCACAAUUUCAUAGGUUGAACUUUUUUACUAUUUUAUGAAGAGAUUAUUUUGACUAAAAUUUACUCGGCAUAAAAUUAAAUUAUUUUAGAACAUAG